AUGAAGCCUAUCGUCGGCGCCGUGCAGGCAUGGUCUUGCGUUGUGAUUUCUCUCUUCGCCCUCGUCGUCCUCGGUAUUCUCGGCAUUCUCUUCAACAAGAAUCACCCAGAGCUCGUCGGCGGUGGUGAGGACCCCGAGAACGGACCAGAAGUUGCUUCUACCAUCUUCACUGCUAUUAUCAUCUACAUCGGGUUCAUUGUCUUCUGCGGCUUCCAGGGUCUCCUGCACGUACGCCAAAGCCGACGGGGCUCGAUUGCGCUAUAA